ACAGAGGAGUCGUGCUGCCAGCAGGUGACCAACCUUGCCCUAGCAACUAUACAAACUGACACGGUGACUCGACCUGCUCAGAUCACCUGGGCGAGCCAGACAGAGGUUAGUUUGACGGCUCAAGCAUCCGCUUGGCAUCUGGUGCCAGAUGUGCACAAGUUCGCACGCAGCACACAGGCCGACUUUCGUCCCGAAGUCAACCAGGUCUUUGUGCAAUGUGACCAGCUUCCUGAAGAGCCCGUGCUCACUGUAAAUGCGGGGCAAGUUCAGAAAGCUCAGAAAAUUCUGAUUGAGGUGAAGGAUGAUAACUUGGCUUACAUACAACCAAAGACACCAUCUAAAAUGUUGGUAACCAGCCAGACCACGCAGACCAGGGACAUAAGUCGGCCUUCUGAUAAAGCCAGUGAUUUCACGCAGACAAUGGCGCCUUCACGCAUGUCAAAACGGAUUGAAGUUGAUAUCAGACCUGCCUCUGGCGAGGUACAGACCCAAGCUGGCAUAAUCAGCCGAAAUGUGGACGUCCAGACGCUUCCUCAGAUGAGCCCAUAUGGCCUCGAAGCGCAAACACAGUGCGAUAUUCUCCAGCGAGAUCAGGCCUUGCAGACUGAGCUAGCUCAAACAGAAUUGGUAAUGCAAAAAACUAAAAUCAAACAGGUGUUGGCAUCAACCCCACCCAAGCAGUUCGCAAUGUCCUCUCAGACUCCCGAACGGGAGAUCGCAGAUGCCUGGAAUAUUAGCAAGCCAACCGCACCAGUGCUCUCUAACGAAGCGACACAAACGAUGGUUACGACUCCUGAGAUGACAAGCAAGAAGUUACAAGCACACUUAGAGCUGCCGAUGAUCGACUCCAGUGCUCAAGAUGUGGUAGAUUUUACAACAUCAACCUCGUGUGUAUCAGCGCAUACGCAAACUGCAAUCGUGACAACAGCAAUGUCAUCGCAAACAGCUAAGUUCCAGAUGGUCAGCCAGGCUUGUCAAUAUAUGGAAGCGUUUCCUAGUCAAGUGAUUGACUCUCACAUUGGCUAUGUUCAGAAAACAGGAAAAUCUGGCUGGGCCGUUGCAGUUCAGUGCGAGGUGGAUGUCGUUGAAGUCCUUCCCGUCGAUAGCCGACAAGCAAACAGACACGAAAUGGAGUCACAGACUGUCAUCAAAGCGAAUCAGGAAUCUUUCGCCUCAUUUGAGUUCAGGAGUCCACUAGAGUCUUCCACUUUUCAGACCAGCCCAGUGGACACUGCUAACAAGAAAGUGGAGGCCAAAGUAGGCACAUCAUCAAUGGAAGUCCAGACGAAAAUUGGAGUUACACAGAAGAGUAUUGGGGUCCAAUACCAGUCAGAGCCAAUGACGCACCAUUUAGAACUUUUAAACCGGCGCACUCAGGUGGACAUAAGACCUGAUUCGACAGAGUCUCAGACACAACUAGGUGUGGUGAGUACGAACACUGGGACUCAGGUAAAAAUGGCUCUUGAAUCAGACAGCCAAAUUAUUCGUACAAGGCCUGUCACAAAGGUUGUGGACUCCUCUUACAACUUCGGUCUUUCUGAAGAGGGAGCUUUGAUGUUAGUAAAGAAAAAGCCGCAGCUGGCGUCAGUAUCAAGCGGAGCAGACCAGCAAUGCCAAACGCCUGAAUCAGUUUAUUGUGACGUUUUUGUUCAAGUCGAAACGCAGGCACCUGUCAAAAAAGUUGAAAAAGUUGGUAAGAAGAUGCAAGUUAGUAUUAUGCCUCUGCGUGCUGUUGUCGAGACGCAGACUGGUGUGAUUCAGGAGAGCAUUAGCAUUCAAGCUGAAAUGGAGCCAGCCUCGAAGGUUGAACCUACUCUUCACAAAAAGGUUCAGGUGGGUAUUCGAACUUCUCUCGUAGAUUCGCAGACACAGCAUGGAGUUGUCCAGAUAGACAGACGCACUCAAUCUACUCCGGCUUCAAGAGAAGUUGACGCUUCAUGCGACUUUGCCAGACCCGACGAAGCCUUUUUGAUGGAAAGGAAGCAGGAGAAAGUGAGUAAGGCGGUUGUAGCCCAGAGCUCAGAAGCCAUGAGUCAGACGGCAGAAAAAACUUAUGUACAAGCUUAUUCCCAAAAAGACUUGUUGGGGCUUAGGACAGUCGAUGCAGAAGUUCAGUCAAUGAAAAGGGACUUGGUUGAAAAGAAAGUCCAGGUGGAAAUAGCGCCAAAUGUGGCCACAAAUGUUGGGGCUGUUCAAACUACCCUAAUGUCAAAUGUCAACAAGAAGCUGCAAGUUAACAUCCUGCCAAACAGUUCUGAAGUGCAGACACAGUCUGGUGUCACCCAAAGUUGUAAACUUAUACAAACAGACAUCGAGAAACUGCAAACGGACACAAAACCGAAAUGCUUUGAUGCGCAAGUCCAACAGGUAAUUGUACACAAGGACACAGGCUCUCAAGCGGAUCCUGUCUCACCUCAGCGGGACGCCGCCUAUAGCUACUUAUUGGAGACAGAGCAGAUCAUCACCCUCCAGCAUGAAGUACAACAGAAGGCACCGUCUCUGGCCGAAAUGUCCAGCACGUCAUGUCAGACAGUUCGACCUGCAUACGUGGAAACUUCAUGUUGUCACUCGUUGCCUCAGGCGAUGGUCUCAGCGAUCGCCACCCAGACAGUAGUGUCCAAACUUGUUGACACGGUAGAGCAUUUUCACGCUUCGUACGAAAGCAUAAGUGCACUCACGCAAACAUUACCUUGUAAGAUGGAUGAAACGGUGCUGAGUUAUGUGGAGCCACCGAAGAUUGCUAGGCUGGGGAAAAAGAUACAGACUAACAUUAAUAUGUCAAGCCUAGAGGCACAGACUCAAACGGGCCUGCUUCUUAGAAACAUUGGGAUUCACGCCGAGUCUGCAAAAGCGGUCUUGGCAAAUAAGGUGUUGCAGGUAGAAAUUCGUUCUGCUGUAGUCGAUAGUGAGAUUCAGACGCAACUACAGACAGAAAGUAGAGAUGUGAAGAAAAAUAGCGCUACGCAAGUGGCCAUAAGGACUCCACAGGUUGACUCAGCCUGUAGUCAGGUUGAAGAAGACUUACAAGUUGUGGACGUUAAGAUGAAAGUAGUGCAACUUUCAGCCAUUCCAGUGGAAACAUCGGCCCUGGCCUGCCAGACCGAGCAAGGAGAAUACUUCGAGGCAUACUGUCAAAAAGAUUCAAACAAACCCGGUGUAGAGAGGGUUGGAAAGGCGUUGCAAGUUUAUCUGUUGCCAGACUCUUCGAGUGUAAUGACGCAAGUCGAGCUAGAGCAACAAGUUCAUACCCCACUGUUAUCCACGGCAGCACCAAACAUCAAAAUGGUGGGCAAAAAAAUGCAGGCUGACAUAAUUCCAGCAAACUCGGACGCACAGACCCAGAUGGGUCUGAUUCAACAGAGUGUGUCCAUACAAAGUGUCAUUGUGCCUUCCCAGAUCAAAGAAGCCAUGAUCAGUAGAAAGGUUCAAAUUGACAUAAGGCCCAUUGCAACAGAAACUUCGACUCAAAACGGAAUUGUGAGUAGAAAUGUAGCAGUCCAAACCAGUACAUAUUUGGAAAAAGAAGUUGCCACUAAAAAGGCACAGACAGGAACUGUGGAUGCAUCAAGCUGGUCUUCAAAAGAAGAGGAGCCAAUUGAAAAAUUAAGUAAAGAGGUCGUGCAGGAGGUCCCGAUAGUAGAAGUCAGGCAGACCGCUUGCCAGACAGAGCAACACGAUCAUAUCGACGCAUGUUGCCAAAAAGAUUUGCUCAGAGUUGAAGGGAUAGGAAAGAAGAUGCAAGUUAGCAUUUAUCCGAAAACCUCCAGUGCGAUGAUACAGACAGAGGCAACCCAACAA